GGUCUCUCGCGCGGGACGGAGGGGCUGGCAGGAGUGGCGCUUUCUCAGCACUAGACCUGGACUCCGACCCGGCGCCAGAGUACAGUCGUUUUGAAUCAAAGAUACAUGACUUGCGAGAACAAAUGAUGAACAGCAGCAUGAGCUCUGGGUCUGGAUCCCUCCGAACAAGUGAGAAGAGGUCUUUGUAUGUCAGGGCCCUGUUUGAUUAUGAUCGAACUCGGGACAGCUGCCUGCCAAGCCAGGGGCUCAGCUUCUCCUAUGGUGACAUUCUGCAUGUCAUUAAUGCAUCUGAUGAUGAGUGGUGGCAGGCAAGAUUGGUGACCCCACAUGGAGAAAGUGAGCAAAUCGGUGUGAUCCCCAGUAAAAAGAGGGUGGAAAAGAAAGAAAGAGCUCGAUUGAAAACCGUGAAGUUCCAUGCCAGGACGGGGAUGAUGGAGUCUAACAGGUCGAUCAAAACGAAACGUAAAAAGAGUUUCCGCCUCUCUCGAAAGUUUCCAUUUUACAAGAGCAAAGAAAACAUGGCCCAGGAGAGCAGCAUACAGGAACAGGGAGUGACAUCCAACACCAGUGACAGCGAAAGCAGUUCCAAAGGACAAGAGGAUGCAAUUUUGCCAUAUGAGCCAGUGACACGGCAAGAAAUUCACUAUGCAAGACCUGUGAUCAUCCUGGGCCCAAUGAAGGACAGAGUCAACGAUGACCUGAUAUCCGAGUUCCCACAUAAAUUUGGAUCCUGUGUGCCGCAUACCACUCGGCCUCGACGUGAUAAUGAGGUGGAUGGACAAGACUACCACUUUGUGGUCUCCCGAGAACAAAUGGAGAAGGAUAUUCAGGACAACAAGUUCAUCGAAGCAGGCCAAUUUAAUGAUAAUCUCUAUGGGACCAGCAUCCAGUCAGUGCGGGCAGUUGCAGAGAGGGGCAAGCACUGUAUCUUAGAUGUUUCUGGCAAUGCUAUCAAGAGGCUGCAGCAAGUACAACUUUACCCCAUAGCCAUUUUCAUCAAGCCCAAAUCCAUUGAAGCAUUUAUGGAAAUGAACCGACGGCAGACAUACGAACAAGCAAAUAAGAUCUAUGACAAAGCUAUGAAACUGGAGCAGGAGUUUGGAGAAUACUUCACAGCCAUUGUACAGGGUGACUCACUGGAAGAGAUUUACAACAAGAUCAAACAAAUCAUCGAGGACCAGUCUGGGCACUACAUUUGGGUCCCAUCCCCUGAAAAACUCUGAAGAAUCCCCACCAAGCACUCUUGUGAACAGAAGACAUCAAGUCCCUCUUCCCUCCUCCCUCUUCAGUCCUGUCCCCACCAGGAGAACAAAUGACUACUGUUCUUGUCCCCUUUUUUAGAUAUGUCCCAAAAAUUGAGUUUUCUA